ACGUAUAUUAACUUUACUUGCAAAUGGGUUGGUACGUCGUUAAGUUUGCAAAUGAAGAUACGGUUGAAGCAAUACCAAAAUCUUGGUACUUAAAAAAUACAAAAGAAUGCAAUUGGCCCUCAUCGCAUUGGACUUCAAGGAAAAUUAAUGAAUUUAUAAAAUUCAAGAAAACGCCAGAAUCUGAUUGGAAUCUUCAUAAAGUUGACAUUUUAGGUAGCUAUGAAGAUCUAUCUGUUGCUCAACGGAAAGCAAAUAAGGCUAAAUAUACGUCUGAUCUUUCGUCGCAAAAUGAUAAAUGUAGGAAACAACAUAGUAAACCAAAAGGGAAAAGAAACAAAUCGACGAAGUAUUUGUCUGACAAUGACUCUUCUGAUUUGUCACAGUAUGAAUCAGAUAUUAAUAGUUAUCCUCCCACAAGCCCUCUUAUAUCAAGUGAUGGAAACUUAGUUCAAAAUAUACCAACCGAGGUUGUAACUAAAUCGACCGAAUGUAACAUUCCUCGAAAUUUUGAUGCUGAUUUCCAGAAGCAAGUAUUAAAAGAACUAAAUGCUAUACACUUGAAAUUGAAUGAUGUAAUGGAAAGUACGGCUCUUUUAUUAAAAAAACAAAAGAAUUCAAGAUGAGCCUACGAUAACCGUCAAAGACAUUCCACGUGUUGUCCAUCUGUUUCCAAUAAAAAAUGAAAAUACAUUAGCUGAAUUAGAGCAGUGGCUUAAUGCAGAUGAUCAAAAUAAAAAAGAUUUGAUUAUUGAAUUAAGUCGCGUUGGGGGCUUAAAUGUUAAAGAGAUCACAAGAAGAAUUAUGUACAAAAUCUUCACAAAUGAAGUUGGAAUACUAUACUCCUGGGAAGGAGCUAAAGGAAAGAAAUCCUUCAAAAAUCUAGCAAUAAGUUCGGUCAUUUUGGGUGCUGUUCGAUAUUGCAAGAAUACAGCCGAUGCAACUGAAGCAGAAGUUAUUAGUUUUAUCAAAUCUUGGCUGGUUAGAUGCAAAGAUCGUAUCUGCAAUGUCACUAAAAACGUGAAGAAUGUAGCAACCGAAGGGGAAGUAACGAUGAACGAAACCGAUAC